UCUGCUCAUCAGCACUUCAUGAUGUGUGUGUCCAGGUGUCUGUGGUGUGUUGGCGUCUCUCUGGUUCCCAUGGCAAUCAUCUGCAUGCUGUCCAACAUCCUGCUGCUGCUUCCUGAGUUGAAGAUCCACUUCCUGUUGGAGGGUCACGUGACCAGAGAGGCCAGCUGGGCCACUGGCUUGUGGGGGUCAGGCUUCCUGGUUUUACUUGGAGCCUGGGCAUUUGUUCAGAGCAGUAAAACCCAAGGCUGCUGCGCCUUCAGGAGCCAGAUGCUGUGUCAGGUGCUGUACUCCUGUGUGUGUCUGGUGGCUGCCAGCAGCUGUUGUCUGGUCAGUGCCACUGGUCUCUCUCGGGGUCCUCUCUGUCUCUACAACACCACCUCAGGUCUGAUCUGGGGAGUUCCCCUGCAGCCCCUCCCUGACUGUCAUUCAGGGUACCUGUACAACCGGACUCUGUGGUCGGGAGUGUGUCUGCAGCCUCACGCUGUGGUUCAGUGGAAUAUGGUUCUGUUCAGUGUCAUGGGGGGAACCAGCGGGCUGCAGACUCUCCUCUGUGCAGCCAACAUCAUCAACUCACUGCUGGGCCUGAUCCUGGGUCAGGGCUGCUGCCACAACAAGGUCAGUCCAGUGUCAAUCUGAGACGGUCUGUUGUGGAUUCUCAGUGAGGACUUCAGCGGAGACAAAACCUACUCAUAAUGUAAAGUUAUAACAUCUUUUAUUCCAACAGGAUCUAAGCUACAAACAUUUGGAAAGCACUGGCGCACUUUAAACAAUAAAUUUAAUUAAGUCGACCUUAACAUCUGCACAGUAAACCAAGUGCAAUUAUUAGAAUGGACAUUUUAUAGAGAAAAGAGAGGGUUUGCAGUAACACACUUGUUUGUCCCUUAGAAAUGAACAAUUAAAAUUAUUGGUCAAUCAAUUAAAUAUUUAACACAUUGAUCAACACAAUCCAUAGCUGUUAAACUGAAAGUAUUAGUAGAAAAUUAAGUUACAUAACUAGAAUUUCAUUACAAUUUGUAUUUACUGGUAAAUUCAUCAUUUUACCAGUUUGUCUUGACAAUCAGAAGUUACUAUUGUUUUUUCUUAAUUUAUCCAGGAGUUUAUUAAAAUGAUCAUCAGUUUAUUAAUUUAUUAAGUAGCACAAAUGGGGCCACAGUAUUUGGCUGCAAAACAAGUAUGGUUAUUGUGUGAUUACAUUAACAAAAAGCAGCUCAAUGUACUGAUUAUGCCCGUUUGGCCUCACAGAUAUCACCUCUCCGAUUAUCAGUAACAAGUGUAAACAGGAAGUCACAGAACGUCUUUGCUUUAACAUUUUAUUUAUUGAUACAUUUGAACAACAAAUGUUUUUGUAAAUAAAAGAAAAGCUGCUGUGUGGUCUCCGUGUGUUGCUCACUGCUGAAAGAUGUUUUGGGUACUUCCAGACAUUUUUAGAAAUGAAUGCUUAUCUGUUAAAAUCAGGACAGUUUUGGUGACUUUUCUGGUCAUCAUUUUAUGACGAGUGACAAAGUGAUGAAAACACGAGGUCCUUUUCCUGGGCCACUGUCUCCAUGUGUCCAGACACUAACAUUGCUGCCAAUGUGCACACAAUUCAGAAUAUAACAAAUAGCACUUAUUGCACAUGGGAUAAAUAAAUUCUUAACCUGCUGUACAGUCUUACAUUAAUGCAUUGGGAUUUACAACGAAGCCCAUUACAUCUAGUCCAGUCUGGAUCCAGUCUCUAACCACCACCUGGGCUCUGGUGGUGUAAGGCCUUUAAAACAUUGACCUGAUGGAGGUGCAAAAUGACGGCACAGACUGUAUACAGGGGAAAAACAAAACAAAACAAAACAAAACAAAAAAAAAAACACUAACCCAUUGUGAUGUCACCCAUCAGUCUGCCUGUCGUCAUAUUGCUAGGUCUAAUCCAAAAUGGGACAAAGAGGCAGAAGAGUGAGUGGAGCUACCUAGACAGCUAGUGGCCAGAGCCGCCUGUCACUCAAAAUGCACAACUUUUAGCCUCAAUAUAAACAGGUGAAUUAUAUAAAAAUUCACCCCCUGUAGAGUUGUCAUGGAAGGGGAAAUUGGCUAGAAAAACCAAAACUGUUUUUGUACCAGACUGUAAACAUGUUUACUUCUUCUGUAAAGUUGGGCCUUUUAACACAGGAGUGUAUGGAGACCGACUCCCUUUUGGAGCCAGCCUCUAAUGUCCGUUCGAGGUUUUGGCACUUCCGCAUUGGCUCUCAGACUCGGAAGACGCGGCUUGGAUGUCGGCGGGUGAACAUGAAUGUCUGAACUGAACUUCAUCUCAAUUCAUCCAGAGCUCAAGUUUUAUUUCUACAGCCCAAUAUCACAACAUGCCCUUUAAACUCUGUGUGGCAUUUGACUCCCUCUGUCCUUAGACCCUGGAAUCGGAUCAGGAAAAACUAAUCCCAAAAACACUGAGGCAGAGCACCAGAGGAGGAAUUCCCUCCUCGGGACAGAGAGAAAGCUGAUGUAGAGUACAGAACAGAAAGAGAUGGUAAAUCCCAAUUCCCUUACUUGAUCACUCCUCAAUCCUCUGACCUUGCUUGACCCAGAAGUCAUUCUGGUCCACCAUCUUGAAGCUCUUUUCCUGCUCUUGAGGAGCAAGGACGCUACUGGAGGAGCUGUGAGGGCACAAGAAAGCAUCCUUCUUUUGUGGACUGACACACCCCUUUACCAGAAUCAGUUGGUGACUGGAAACUUCAGUUGAAGGAUGUCUCAUGUUUAUAAAUGCAUUUCCUUGAGUUCUCUGUCCUCCUAUCUUACAUGGCCAGGAUUGAAACAAGGAAAAGAUGCAAGUGAGGGAAAUAUGGAUGCUGUUAAAGAGCCUGUGGGACUUUUCCUUGAUUUCUCACUUAUCUACAAUGUUACAAUGGUGAAUUCUCAUCUUACACGUGACCUAAAACUCAAAAAAUGACAUAUAUGCAUGUUCUAGUAUUUCUAUGCAGAAGCAACUCUGCAUCUUGCAAACCCUUUUUUUCUAACAAAAUGAAAGUAUUACGUGCUAGUUUAGGGAUUUCCUUGAAUGGGCAUAAAAUCCAUCCAGCUGUUGCAAGUUUAUAUGAGCUUGCCUGACAUCCACCUGUACUGGUGUGGAUACAUUUCACCUCCUGCUGCUGCACUGUGAACAGAGCAUGUGGAGGAAAAGUACAGGGCCUGAGGUUACUGCGACACAACAAAACCAGAGAUUUGUGACUAUUACUGACCACCAUGUUAGAUCGAUUUUGCAGAUUUUACCGCCUUCUGAUAGUUAAAACAGCGAGUCUCUGUACAGGACCGUUCCCGGACAUGCUACAAUUAAUUCUGUCAUUAACCCAUGUAACCUUACCUCUCAUCCUAAGGCAUCUGUUGAAAUGUGAGGUUUCCUUCAUUACUUUACUAACAAAAUUGCUAGCAUUAGGCAAUUCUCCAGUAUCACUUCUUUUGACUAAGCUGACCUUCCCCUGUCUUCUGCUAUUUUUGACCAAUUUGAGACUGUUCCUUUGCCUGUGUUAUCAGAAUAACAUCAGAAUAUCAAAUGGACUGUAACCCACAAUAGUACAUAAAGAUAUAAAAAGACUGCCCCUGCUGUUGCACAAACUUAAUACAUUCCCCCUUUUUGUUUUGUUAUAUUACAGGUAAAUCUGCUAGUGACUGUUGUGGAAACAACAACAAAAAAAAUACCUCUGCUGCUUUACCGUCCGUUAUGUUAUACUGUAUGUAAAUCUGCUGACUUUUUUUUUGCCGGGAUAUCUGCUGCCGGUGGUCAUUUGCAGUACUGUCCAUGUAUACCUCAUAUGCCAUUUGCACCUCAUCACCAACACCCUGGUGACGCGGAACCAUCUGACAAUCUCCCAUUAAUGUUUGCACUAUUAUCACUGACUGUACAUGGUUUUGAGUCACAGCUUAUUGGCUGUACCGUUUAGAUUUAUCCUAAUUAUGUCAAUCCAGUUCUUAUUCGAUUCUAUUCCAUUUUUUAAUUCUACUUUGCUCUAUUUUACCUCCUAAAUGUUACGACACCCAAUACUAGGUGGGAGACAAAUGGUAUUUCGAUUUUCUGCAUGUCCUGCACAUAUGGUGAAUUGACAAUAAAGUCCUUGAACCUUAUUUGGCGAUCUGGCAAAGUUUGCUGCUUUUAAUCACGACUUAGGCCCCCUGGCUCAUCAUCUGAAGAUGACUGUAAAAAACCUAGGGGUAAUGUUUGACAACUUAAGAUGCAACAAGCAGAUCGACUCGGUCGCAAAACCUACUUUCUUUCACCUGAGGUUGUUGAGUAAAGUCAAGCCAUUUCUUUCUUUUAAUGAUUUUGAGAUUGCAAUUCAUGCUUUUAUAACCUCUAGACUCGGCUAUUGUAAUGCAUUAUACCUUGGUCUUAAAUCGGUCGUCUCUCACUCAUCUUCAAAUGGUCCAAAACAGGUACUAGGAACCAUAUAACCCCGGUACUGGCCUCCAGUCCAUUUUAGAAUUCUUUUUAAGCCAUUGAUUUUUGUUUUUAAGGCUCUUAAUGGUUUGGCACUGACCCACCUCGCUGAGUUGAUGAGGUGGUGCGAACCUACAAGAUUUCUCAGAUCAUCACAUCAGUUUCUUUUAGAGGUUCCCAGGACCGGAUACAAAUGCUGGGGCGAUCGUGCAUUUACUGUUGUAGCUACUUAAUUGUGGAAUGAUUUACCUCUUAAUGUUAGAUCAUCUACAGACUUGACAACUUUCAAAUCAUUGGUUAAAACAUAUUUAUUUACUUUGGCUUUUAAUACAUAGUAUUGUCUGAUGCCUUCUUCUUAUAACUGUUGAUUCUAUGUUGUUUUAUUCCUCUAUUGCUAUUUAUUUUAGUUCUUACAUUGCCCUUGUAAAGUACUUUGGUCAACCAGACAUUGUUUUAAAAGUAUAAAUAAACUUUGAUUUGAUUUACCUGACCAGGUCUAACCUAUGAUCAUGUGGCGACUCUAAAUUUGCCUGUAGGAGUGGGUGUGGCUGUUUGUCUACAUGUCAGCCCUGUGAUAGAGACCUGUCCAGGGUGGACCCCGCCUCUCCCCCAGUGUCAGAUGGGAUUGGCUCCAGCACCCCCUCCCAUGACCCUAUUCAGGAUAAGCGAUAUAGAUGAUGCAUGGAUGGUUUAAUACUGAUUCAAAUUUAAGUCCAAUUUAACAUGUUUUCUUAAGCCAGUUUUUGUUCUAAAUGCAUCUACUUUCUUUACAAUUUUAUAGUUUGUUAUUCCAAUUUAGUGCAUAAUCUGUGUUGAUUUGUAUUGACUGUUUAUAUGCUAAUUAGUUUUUAUCCCCAGGGCAUCCAUCUUUAGUUUAGUCUGCAAGGAGUGAUGACAUCUUGAUGCUCUCUACUCAUUUUGUCAAAAAUAAAAAUGUUUAUGGUGCAAUAGCACAUGGUAGAGGCUAUUUUUCAUGCAUAUUAAUACAGGUGUGCCUUGAGAUUCUGGCUUACCCCUUGCUGUGCCUUUGGCACAAAAAGUUUGAGUCACUGCACUAACAGACCUGAGCCAUGACUUCCUCUUCACCAGGAUCUACUCUCAUUUAUUUCACUGCACUAAAAAAAGAUGAGCGAGAAGCUGGGCAAGUGGCGAGGAUAGGUGUGUCAGCAUUGAUAAGAAAAAAAAAAAAAAGAAAAGUCUAACACCCAA